AUGGCAACUGCCUGGCAGCGAUGGGCGGCGUUCCUGGCGAAAGGAGAGCCGGACGAUGUGAAACACCAAGAUGCUACACAUGCACUGGUGGUUUGUGGCCUCCUCUAUGCUGCCAUGCUGGCAGUGGGAUUUAGCAUCGACCGGUUGCUGGCGCGAGAGGAAGAGCUACCUCCCAGUGCUUGGGCAGCGUAUGCGCUGCUGGGAUACUGGAGUUGGCUCGUGAUCCUGCGACUUCGCUGUGAGACGGCCAGCGUCGCGCAAGAUGUCUACCAGUUGAUGUUUUCCUGCAACUUUUCGAUGCCCGUGGCAGCUGCAGCGAUCUACUGGAGGAAGCCUAUCUUGCUGUGUGCCCAGGGGAUUCUGGUGGCCAUCGACCAGGUUCUUUGGUAUGUGGAUCUUCUGGGCUACCUUUUGACCGGGAAGCUUCCGUUGAAAGUCGUGGGCUACCUCCUGUGGCCCAGCACCCCGCUCUCGCGACGCAUCAGCUGCAUUCACCACGUGCUUUUUGAACCGCUCGUGAUCUGUGUGGGCAGCCAGGGUCAAAGUUUACCCAUUCUGCGUGGCUUUCUGGUGGCACUGGCGCAGACAGUGGUCUGUCAGGCGAUUUGCCGCUACACCACACCAAUUGAGAUUCAACAUGGUAAAGAGCUGUGCUAUUUGAACAUCAACUUGUGCUACGAGUCCUUCCGCGAUGUGAAGGUGGCGUGGAUUCGGAGAUAUGAUGGUGCCAAGGCUUCGAGCUAUUUGCCCUGGAUGCUUUGGAUUUGGAACGGAGGCAACCUGAUCCUUUUCCUCCUGUUGGUUGUCUUCUGA